AUGUAUGUGGAGAGGAAGGCUACUCUUAGGCAAUGGUUUUUGGCUAAUAAGCAAAGAGUCUCACUCAGCACUGAUAUUUGGGUUUCUUCGGUAACAAGUUCAAGUUACAUGGUUAUCACAGCACACUACAUUGACAAACAAUGGCGAUUGAAGAAGCUAAUCAUUGGAUUUAAGAAUGUGGUAGAUCACAAAGGUACGACGAUUGCAAACACACUUCUAGAAUGUCUUGCUGAAUGGGGGAUAGAGAAGGUGUUCAGUGUCACUGUUGACAAUGCAACUGCUAAUAGCAAUGCUCUGAGUCAGUUUCAAUCAAGCUUCUCUGAGAUAUCAAAUGAUUCUCUGGUUAUGGCUGGAGAUUUCAUGCAUCUUAGGUGCGCUGGUCAUAUUAUAAACUUGAUAGUGAAGGAUGGAUUGACUGAAAUCGAUGCUAGUGUGGUUGCAGUCCGUAAUGGUAUCUCAUAUGUCAGGUCAGGACCAAAUAGAAGAAAGGCGUUUCAGCGAAGAGUUGAAAAUGGUAGGUUCUCAAAGGGUAGUAUGCUACUAGAUGUUUGCACAAGGUGGAAUUCUACGUAUUUGAUGCUGACAAGGGCAAUUAAGUUUAAAGCAGCAUUUGAUAAAAUGGAGUUUGAGGAUAAGCUUUACAAUGAUCACUUCUUAGAGUAUGUUGAUGGCGUAAAAAGGAUUGGAUCUCCUUUGAGUCAAGAUUGGCGUAAAAUUGAGAGGUUAGUUAAGUUUUUUAAUGUUUUCAAUAAGGCUACAUUGAUAGUAUCCGCCUCUACUACUAUGAAUGCACAUCAGUGUUAUGGCGAGAUAGUUAACAUUGAUGUGAAGCUUCAGUUACUUUGUGCUAGUGGGGAUAGCGAAGUGAAGUUAAAUGCUGAGAAGAUGUUUCAGAAAUUUGAUAAGUAUUGGGGUGGGUUGAAGAACAUUAACAGGAUGUUGAUUAUUAUUAGUGUUAUGGAUCCGAGAAAGAAGAUGCAGUUUGCAAAUUUGUGUUUUGAGGAGUUGUAUGGGGUAGAGACUGUAGUAGCUAAGGCAAUGAAAGAUUCAGUUAAGGCUAUAAUGCGUGAUAUGUAUAAAGAGUAUAGUUAA